AUGGCCGAGAGCACCAUGAUGCUCUCCCUUUUGCUCCCUUUUGAACUAUAUCUUUUUUAUUCCGAGAUCGAUCGACAAUCGAAAACCGCCUUAAGACAUACGGGACUGGUUGGAUUCGUUUUUGCGCCGGAGAAGUUUGGUCUAGCCAGAUCUAACCUGCCGGAGAAGGUUUCUUGCAACACUUUCGCUUUUGAAGCUUCAACAGUGCAGCCAGAUCCACUCGAACCCACUCAUGGAGUUCUUAAACCCCUUUCUGUGGAUGAACUCAGCAUUAAUGUCACCGAGUUUCUCAACAUUCAAGAUGACACAAAUGAGGAUUCAAACUCCUCACCACCCCAUAAACCUAAAGACACAACAACUCAACCUCCUGAAAAUUCUCUCAGCAGGUCUGCAACAUUUCCUUGUCCAGAUUCCAUCACCUUACAUGAUGACAAGAUCAAAUCUUUGGAUCAAUCUGGAUUCCGUUCCAUUUCUUUACCUACCCAUUUGAAGGCUGUAUCUGCCAUGAAAGGUAGCCGUGAGAAACAUGGGGUGGCUCCACCAGUGAAGCUGAGGGUAAAAUGGGCACCCGAUGUCUACGAUCCAAUUCCCACUUCAGUAUCACAUGUUGUAACAAGCAACAGGUCUUCAAGGCAUAGUAGCAAGAAGAAUUCAAGAAACAAGCAAAAGAAUGGAAGCAAAUCAUCAUCACGUGGAAGUAAAGGUAAAGAGAAGAAGCAAGUAAGAAAACGUGGUGGAAACUCUUCAAGCACAGGGUACAAGUUGCAUGAGCAUGCAGAAGAAGACGAGGAUGGGGUUGUUUUUCAUGAUCAGUUCUGUGGAAGCAGCUUUCUCAAGGGUUAUGGAACCAACUUGCACCUUUCAUCUGUUGCAGAAGCUACUUAAGCGUUUUGUGAUCAUGAUGAUAAUUGGUUUCCUGUAAAUAGGAUAAUAAUAAUAAUAAUAAGAUUGCAGUUUUGUUGUGAAGACGCUAGUAUGAGUGGUUGUUUGGAU